GUAAGUGUGACAGUCGCCCGAGUUCAUUAUAUUGUGAUUAACUGAGCGGGCGCAUUGCUUGAAAAGUGUUGUGUUAAUAAUCGUGAGUUACGAUGUGGAAACUUUUUAUGAUCACUGCACUUAGUGCCUUCGCCUCAGCAAUAAAAGUACCCGUUGCCAAUUCAGAAAACACAGAUUCAACAUAUUUAGAAAACAAACCAAUAUACGUACCUACAAUCCAGGAACCUUUGCACCAAAUGUUGAAAUCAGAAGACGUCGAAGCACCUGCAACGUAUCUACUUCCGCCUACAAAUGAAGCCCUAAUGUAUUACAAGCCACAACAGUCCGACAGCGAUUGGUAUCCAAUCGCGCCAUCCACACAAAUAACAAAAUCGCCUGAACGAGAAAACUUACGUACAGCGAAAUCACAUAGAGAUGCAUUACCCGCCACAAUGCUUUUACCGCCAUUAGAAAAUGCACUCAAUUUUUACUUUGCGGAUCCUUUGAAACCCGUUGCGAAAUUGCAACAACCGACGUUAUUGUACCCAAAGAAGUUUGUUGGGUACAAACCUGUCCCAAUUCCAAUUGCGCAAUUCGCUGAAAAUUUAACGGAAAUCCCGAGGGCUAAGCCUCUCAGGCCAUUGACCCCUUAUCCAAGCAUUGACGGCAUUUAUAUAACACCAAUAGAUGAGAAGAAACAGUUCCUGUAUGCUCAGGCAGAAGAGAAAAGAAAACUGAAGAAGGAACAGGAAGUGAGUCAGGUCAUCGUUCCUGAAGAAAAUGCACAGAAUAAUGAAGAAAUUGUUACCCCUACGGAACAGCAAGCUUCAGAAUCGAAUCAUGAUUACCCAGAACAAGAGAGCUAUCCUGCAAAGCAGAAUGCGAAGAGGCCUGUAUACGUACCGGCUAAUAAAGGAGAAAGAACGGAAUUCCGUAUGCACGGCAUGAACGGACCUCACAGUUAUCAAUUUGGUUAUGAUACAGGAAAAGGGAAGAAUCGUCAAUUUCGCUAUGAAGAGCGCGACAACGAUGGUCACGUGAGAGGGCACUAUGGCUACAUGGAUAAAGGUGGAAAACUCAGAGUGGUUAAAUACGACGCUGACCCGAAAUUAGGUUUCAGAGCAGACCCACCAGUUGUUCAAGAAUGAAAUUGUAAUUUAUUACCUAUGGUUUACUACUGUCAAAGUUCACUCCAAGCUACUUAAUAUAUUUGGUCUAUACAGAGACAACAAUAAGAGACUUCGGACUUUUACCCUACUUCUACAUAUAUUUUUGUAUACCCUUUAGGCUUGUGUCAACGAAAUGAAUAAUAUUAUUAUUAAACAAUCAUAUUUAUUAAAUUUAUCUUAUGUUUGAAAUGAUAGAAGUUUAUGUCCGAUUUACGAAAUUCGACAAAUUUACAUAUUUUGUGGUUGUGUCUGUGGUAUAUAACGACUUUCAUUGCUUGUAUACCUACAUUCCGCUCACCUUGAAAGGACGAUUUUUAUAAAGCAUAGACAGGGGGCCAUAAAGGUUGUUUGCGACUCACUUAAUGCCCAAGUAGUGUUACGUGACUAGGAAAUUAGUAUUGUAAUCAAAAGUAAAGCUCAAAACGAUUUUAUACGGACUUAUGUACCGAUAGGUAAGUCGUUUUAACUAGGGUUUUAUUGUAAUUUAAGUGUUAUUAUUGUUAUAAUUUUUUAGUAAGUUGCGCCAAAGAGGUGUUAUUUCCCGUAGAAUAAGACACACUUGUAUAUAUAAUAUUUAUUAGACUAUAAAUGUCAACAACAUUGCCAUUAAACAUGUAAACAUAUAAAAUA